UCCCGUCGCGCCUGGCAAACGAGGCGAGCCUUCGCCUAGCCGGCGCAGUCGCGGCCCUGAGCCGUAGCGGACGGAGCAGGCGGAGAGAUGGCGUCCCAGCCGCCGCCGCCCCCGAAACCCUGGGAGACCCGCCGCAUUCCCGGGGCCGGCUCCGGCCCGGGCCCAGGCCCCGGCCCCACUUUCCAAUCUGCUGACUUGGGCCCUACUUUACUGACGAGACCUGGACAACCAACACUUACCAGAGUGCCCCCACCUAUUCUUCCCAGGCCAUCCCAGCAGACGGGGAGCGGCAGCGUCAACACUUUCAGACCUGCUUACAGUUCUUUCUCUUCUGGAUACGGAGCCUAUGGAAAUUCAUUUUAUGGAAACUAUAGCCCUUACAGUUAUGGAUAUAACGGUUUGGGCUUUAACCGCCUCCAUGUAGACGAUCUUCCACCCAGUCGGUUUGUUCAGCAAGCCGAAGAAAGCAGCAGAGGCGCGUUUCAGUCCAUUGAGAGCAUUGUGCACGCAUUUGCCUCUGUCAGCAUGAUGAUGGACGCCACCUUCUCAGCUGUCUAUAACAGUUUCAGGGCUGUCUUGGAUGUAGCAAAUCACUUUUCCCGGUUAAAAAUACACUUUACAAAGGUGUUUUCCGCCUUCGCAUUGGUUAGGACUAUAAGAUACCUGUAUAGACGGUUGCAGUGGAUGAUGGGUUUAAGGAGAGGCUCUGAGAAUGAGGACCUGUGGGCAGAAAGUGAAAGAACUGUGGCCUGCCUUGGUGCCGAGGACCAAGCAGCCACCUCAGCGAAAUCCUGGCCAAUAUUCCUGUUCUUUGCUGUUAUCCUUGGUGGUCCUUAUCUCAUCUGGAAACUUCUGUCUACACACAGUGAUGAAGUAACAGACAACAUCAACUGGGCAAGUGGUGAGGAUGACCAUGUAGUUGCUAGAGCAGAAUAUGAUUUUAAUGCCACGUCUGAUGAAGAAAUUUCUUUCCGUGCUGGUGACAUGCUAAAUUUAGCCCUCAAAGAGCGACAGCCCAAAGUGCGUGGUUGGCUUCUUGCUAGUCUUGAUGGUCACACUACAGGACUGAUACCUGCAAAUUAUGUCAAAAUCCUGGGCAAAAGAAGAGGCAGAAAAACAAGAGAAUCCAGUAAAAUACUCAAGCAGCAACAGUCUGUUACCAACCCAACAUUAAUUAAAGGAGUCACUACUGCCAACUCUUUGGAUGAACAGGAAGCUGCCUUUGAAUCUGUUUUUGUUGAAACUAAUAAGGUUCCAGGUGCACCUGAUUCUACAGAGAAAAAUGGAGAGAAACAAGAUCUUUGAUAUCUUUCAUGUUUUCGUGCAGGUGAACAAUACUUUAGAGUACUUUUAAAAAUUAUUUCUUACAGAGAAAUUAAUUUGCAGUUGAAUGAAAGCAUUUGCUCAUGGCUGUCCUAAGCAUUUUGCUGCUAGAAGUUACUUAGUCACACACUAGCAUGCUGGUCUAGUGAUCUGGCUACACUUGGCCAUUUAUUGGACCGUGAGGACAUUUGUUUCACCUAGCUUUUAGAUUAUGGUGAUGGUUGUCAGUUUCAUCAAUCUAAAUCCCUAGGCUUAUUGGAACAGUAAAUUUGAUGAACAAUGGAAUACACAAGUUGCCUCAGAAGGGAUCAUUAAUGCUUUUUAAAGUUCUGAGUUAAUUGAUUUGAAGUCUUCAAAAAUUGAGUGAUAACAUCUACUUACAAGAACAGGCGAAAAGGCUGAAUUUUUAUAACCUUUUAAGUAAACUAAAUAAUAAAACUUUCUGAUCUGUA